GCGGCUUCGGCCAUUCCCCUUCCUUUCCUUCCCCACCAAUUUUCGUCUCUCAUUCUCUCUCUCUCUCUCUAAAUGGCCGAAAUCUCAAAGAGCAGCGAAAGCUCACUGGUCUCAGCCUCGGAUGCCUGCUGUUCUGAGCUUAAGCCAUGGGAAUCCUAUCACACUGCCUACACUAACGCCAAAGCAGGUAUGGAAGGGGUGGAUAAGGAAAGAGUGCAGAGAAUAGUUUACGAGAUGAGUAAAGGUUCUAAAUAUUUUGAGAAUGAGGAAAGAAAGGAGGCUUGUAUGAUGCAGAAAAUCGAAAACAUGCGCGCCCGUUCCGCUAAGCUCACUGCUGCUGAUUUGUCUCACUAUCAGAAGGUUGCUGAUAAGAAGAUUUUAGAGCUGGAAGCGCAUCGUGAUUUAUCGAGGAUUUGGCUGCAUGUAGAUAUGGAUGCUUUUUAUGCUGCUGUUGAGACAUUAUGUAAUCCCGCACUACAAGGCAAGCCCAUGGCUGUUGGUAGCAUGUCUAUGAUCUCGACAGCCAAUUACGAGGCAAGGAAAUUUGGUGUACGAGCUGCUAUGCCUGGAUUUAUAGCACGUAAAUUGUGUCCUCAAUUGAUUUUUGUUCCUGUUGACUUCAAGAAAUAUACCCAUUAUAGUGAAUUAACAAGAAAAGUUUUCUAUGAAUAUGAUCCCACCUUUUUGGGUGCAAGUUUGGAUGAGGCAUACCUGGAUAUAACAAAUGUCUGCCAAGAAAGAGGCAUAACUGGUGCAGAGGUGGCUGAGGAGCUCAGGAAGAAUGUCUACAAUGAGACGGGCCUUACUUGUAGUGCUGGAGUUGCACCAAAUCGCUUACUUGCUAAGGUUUGCUCUGAUAUUAACAAGCCAAAUGGUCAAUUUGUACUACAGAAUGAUCGCAUGGCUGUCAUGACAUUUAUUUCUUCACUUCCUAUAAGAAAGAUAGGGGGGAUUGGCAAGGUAACUGAACAGAUCUUAAAGAAUGUCUUUGGAAUUACAACAUGCGAGGAGAUGCUGCAAAAGAGUAGUUUUCUCUGUGCACUUUUCUCCCGCUCUUCAUCAGACUUUUUCUUCUCAGUUGCUCUGGGACUUGGGGGAACCGAUACCCCUCAAAUUAGGUUUAGGAAAAGCAUAAGCAAUGAAAGGACAUUUUCUGCCACUGGUGAUGAGGAAUUGCUUCACAAGAAAAUAGUGGAUCUUGCUGAAAUGCUUUCUGCUGACAUGAGAAAAGAGGGCAUUAGUGGAAAAACAUUGACGUUAAAGUUGAAAACUGCAUCCUUUGAGGUCCGGACGCGUGCUGUAACUUUACCAAAUUUUAUAAGCUCCAGUGAGGAUAUUUUGAAGCAUGCUUCAAAACUAUUGAAGGCUGAACUCCCUGUAUCUUUGAGACUGAUAGGACUCCGGAUGUCUCAGUUCAGUGAUGACAAAAAUGAUGUUCCUUCUGAUCCUACACAAAGAACUCUUUCCAACUAUGUCAUUCCGGGAGGUCCUUCCAGAAGUAAUAUCAAUGACAGCAUGCAGUUGGGCUCGGAAAUUAGUGAUAGUGCUUUUUCUAUUGACACAGAUGGAGAUUUUCCAAUUGACAGCCAUGAGAGAUGUUCUGAAUCAGUGGAUGCAAGCAAUUAUGACCAAAUGACCAAUGUUCCUGUUGGGAACUGCAUCCUGGGGCAGAAGACUGAAGAAGUUUGGAGCAAUGUUGAACUUCCGACCAAUGAGGUGACAGAAAAUGAUAAUGAACCUAGUAUAGUAGGGAAAUCAGUUAAGCCAUUUGCAAAUGGAGAUUCUCUUCCAGUAAAAAGGGAUCCUUUUCUUGGAGGGUUUGAUGGAAGCCGUGGACAUACAUCAGAAAACAGGAUCCACCAUGAAGAUCUUAAUGCAGGGUUUUCAUCACAUCAGAGAGUAUCAUUUUUCUGGGCGGAGGAUUACAAGUGCUCAAUAUGUGGGGUGGAACUGCCUCCAAGUUUUGUUGAGGAAAGGCAGGAGCAUUCGGAUUUCCAUCUUGCUGAGAGGCUUCAAGAGGAGGAGUCAGGAGACAAUGUUAUAAGCCUCACGGUUAAGCCGAGUGCCUACUGGAGUUCUGUUCUAAAGAGUUCAAUGUGUGCCAGGUUGGUCCAGAGAGAACAUACUAUCAAGGACAGGAAGACAAGGAAAAGGCAGAAACCAUCUCCAGCAGGUGGUAAACAUGUUCCAAUCGAUGUCUACUUUGCAAAGACGAGUCAAAAUUUCUGAUGCUGUAUUAGAAUAGUCUGUUGAGGGGUUUUACAAUACACGCACAUGAAAGAGGUAAACGCCUCCUCUCCCACACGCCACAGCCCAAAUGUAUCCAGUCGUGUACAGUGUUCGAGAGAAACCAAUCAUUAGAUGCAGUAUGUACAUAUCUUGUAAGCCAUGUAAUCGUUAUUCAUAAUUACUGAAUGGGGUAUUUAUGAUAUGCACAUUCCGUUCUUUUGCC